GCGGCAGGAGGUGGGAGAGGUGGUGCUCAGAGAAAGGAGUGGGAAGGACUGUUUUGUGCGCCACUGCACUACAAACUUGACGGACGUACAUGAGGACAGCUCACCGAUAACUUAUCUUAUUGCUGGGCUGGUGGGAAAUUCAUAACACUUUGGAGGUUGAUUUGUGGAUUAUCUGCACCAGACCUCAACAUAGCUGUUUGCCAGACCACAAUGGCUGUGUACUCCAGACACCUGGAUUUCUCCUUGCCUUGACAAUCCAGUUUACAAUUAACCGUGAGAAAGACACAAACAUCUCAUAAUACUUAGCAUCAACCAGGAGUUUCUUUGUUGAACUGUUCCUGUUGAGUAUUAUAUCACUGAGUGACUUCAUCAGACAUCACCAUGCCUAUCCUCAAGCAGCUAACCUCGAACCAGUCCAAGCGUCGCUCCCGAGUCGACCUGACUGCAGAGAUGAUCAGCGCCCCUCUCGGGGACUUCAGACACACCAUGCAUGUGGGUCGUGGCGGAGAUGCCUUUGGGGACACCUCAUUCCUCAGUACCCGGUCUGGGGAGCCCCCUAAAGAACCAGCUCCAGAGGUGCAGCAGAGCUCCCCUGGACCUGUCCCCAAACCAGGCCUGCUGUCCCGAACCUUCAGGAGCAGUAAACGCUCCCAGUCGGUGAACCGUGGUGAGAACGCGUUGGCUCCCCCUGGUGGCUCGCCAAACUUUGUGAAAAAUGCCAUCUCCCUGCCCUACCUCAACGACGAGGACGCGGGCAGGAUGGGCGGUGGUCCCCCGAUGCCCAAGAGCGUCUCCUCCAGCCCUCUGAAGAAGCUGCCCGAGGUCGAAGGAAUCAGAAAACCGAUCAACGGUGCCGCGGCCAUGGACCUGGAGUUCGAGGAGCGGAACUUCGGCGAACUGACUGACCUGCCACCGUCCCAUCUUCGAGGUGGUGGGAUGAAGCAUGCGGAAUCCAUCAUGUCGUUCCACAUCGACCUGGGUCCCUCUAUGCUGGGGGACAUCCUCAGCGUCAUGGAGAAGAAGGGCUGGGAGGAGGACGACCUGGGAUACGAGGAGGGGAAGGGCAGCGAGGGCCGUGGGUCACCCCCCCUCAGUCCUCCCACCACGGAGGACAAUGUUGAGGACCAGGUAGAUCUACAGCCGCCAGUCAGGCCCCCACGCAGCACCUAUCCCCAGCAGAAAAUCAUGGCAGACCCCCCCUACACUCCUCCCAGGAACUACCACAGCCACCUGGACAGCUGCUCUUUUUCCUCUUCCGGCUCCGCCGCUCUUGAGGAGAAACCACUCCACCACCUGCAGGAGGGGGACACGGACAGCGCCAAGUACAGCUCUCCAGGUGUUGGGGGGGAGGAUGACAAAGACUUCUCCUUUAUGGACGAGGACGAAGAUGAAAUCAGGGUGUGAAACAGAACAGGGCUGUAACACCACCGACACAGAACGUGAUUUAUAAAGACACCAGAACAUGGUUUGCGAGGACACGGAUGGAGACUAGUAUUCUUCAUGAGUUUUGAAGCUACUACAAGCCUGGGAGGGAAGGGUUGGUGCACCUACAUUUUUACAUAUGGAUCUAUCCAGAGAAUCUCUAUGUGCACACCUUAUUCUGCUUUACUUCCUGUAUUAGGAUUCAAUCACUCACCAUCUGUUACUGAGCCUUAUUCACUUCCUUUUGUAGAAAUACGAUCUGUCAUUAUGAUGUUCCAAUAUGUCAUCAGUGUGUUUAUGCUUUAAGGGGGCACAUCUCAAGGAUCUCAACCCUCAUAUCCACUUAUAUCCAACAUGAACAUAUCCCACCCACGCCCCCAUUGUCUUUUCAUCCAGAGGAUUUCCCUUCCCUAACAUUCCUUAUAGCGCAUUAAUAAGGAAGGGAAAGCCAACCACCAACCAGCGGUCACUGAUCGUCACAUUCUUUAACAGAGGAAGUAUGGAGGUUGACCGAGGUCACUUUUGAUCAAACGGCAGUCCUCCUCGAGGGAGGUGUGAUGCGUUAGGUGGAGGCCGGGUCAUAUGAUGUAAUGGGAUGAACGGUAUGUUUCUCACACAGCUUUGGAGGGGGGAAAUAAACUGAAGAACAGAAAAGUAUCCCAGGGUUUAGCUAGCGUAGCCGCAUAGCCUUGGGGCCAUGAAUUAAUUGUGUGUGUUGAGUGUAGUGAGAAUCGUGAGAUGCAGUUAAAAUAUUGGUUUGUUAAUGUUAUUUUUUUUCUUUUUUUCCCCUACGUUUAUACAUUGUAUGCACAUACAUAAUUGAUAAGUUGGUCUUCUAGCAGGUUCUAAAUCAAUUUCACAACUUGGUGGAUCAUUAUUCUAACCAUUAGUCAGCUUUAGUGUCAACUGUUCACUUACAAUGGACCAGUUUUCUAAACAUGCUCUAUACAUACCCAGCACACUCUGAUGUCAUAAAUGAGGCAAAAGUUUAAUUUGUUAGAAACUACUUAUUGGAUGUGCCCUGUUUUUUUAAGUCACCAUCAUUUUGAUUUAUAGGGAGCUUUGUUAAAGUUAGGCUUGGAUGAACUAAAGAUCUCCAAAAUCCUCCCCAAGGUACUAUCCAACCCAGUGAGCCAAUUUAGGCCUUAGCUUUAGAGUUGUUUUGUUAGGCCCAUGAGUCCAUGACACUUUGUUAGCUCAGAUCAAUGGACUCAGUAGAAACAUAGAAACACACACUGAUCUCAGUCAUAUAUCCCCUGCUCGCACUGCCAAGGUAUAGCAAGAUGGCUCACUCCCUAAAACACUAUUGUACAUAAAGAAUCACUUUUAUUUAAUUUUCAUGUACAUUUUUUUCUAUUUUUGUUUUUGUUUUGCUUGACUUAUUAUUAAGGACAAAUGUACAUUUCGCUAAGAAAAUGUGCCCUUUUUGUUGCCGCUAUCGUGUCCAGUAGCACUUUUUAUUGUACAUGUGUUUUAGAAACUGAUUUUUAAAAGACAAUUUACAGGAGCAGAGAAAGUGGUUGUGAACAAGAGUGGUGACCGUACAGUAGUAGACUGUCAUGUCUACAGAUGUAGGAUCUUAAUUUGAGCCAGUUUGCUACAAAUAAUCCUGCAGCAACAGGAAAUGGGAAUUACAUUAGGAAAUGUGGAUUAUAAUUCAUCUACAUUUUUGUAGGGGUUGAUACAUUUUUAAUAAGGGAAAAUCAAGUCUGACAUUUCAAAGUGGAAAUUAAACUUCAAAGCCUUUUUAAACCUUGAAUACACUACAACUUUUACAUUUCCUGCAUCGCAGGAAGUUCUGCAACAGGGUGAUCUAAUUAAGAUACUAUAUCUGUAUGUGGUCAUCUCUUGCCCCACACACACCACAGGCUUGUAGGAUCAGCAGGUUAGGAGCAAGAGGAGAGACGUCUGAAGGGAGGAGGAUAUAAGUAAUAAGAGAACACUAGUGAUAAGUGACUGUUACCCACCUCUCUCCAUUGCGCCAUGCAGGCCUGGGCUACUGUAGGAGAAGAUUCAAUCAACACCAUCUGGCUUCACUCCACCCUCUCAUUCAUAAACAUAUUUGGCUGAUUGGUCGGUAACUGACCCAACGACUCAUCCAUUCAUGAGUCACAUGUCUGGGAAAGGACAGGUGCACCUGUUUAGUUUCUCCUACAGUCGUGCAUCCCAAAUGGCACCCUAUUCCCUAGAUAGAGCACUACUUUUGACCAAGGCCCAUAUAGCAAAUAGGGUUCCUUUUGAGAUGCAUGCAGUGUGACUAGGUUCCCCCUCCCCCCCUCACUGACAUUCAUUCAUUUGGUCAGAUUAUGAUCUCAUCUGUUAUGGUAAAGCAGGAAGUACCUGCUCAAUCCUUCCUGGGUCCCUGAGUAAUCUAUUGCCUUUAUGCCUGUGAAAGGAAAUUAUAUUUGUGACACUGGGGGAGCACUGUUCUUGUUUCCUGUUAUGGUGUUGGUUGGGCAAGGGAGGGAGGGAGGGGAGGGGAGGGGGGGCACACAUUAUCCUAUGGUGUUGAAGUGAGGGUAGGGACAAUUCCAGGAUGUGACAUCACUCAGCCAUGCGUUCAUGCUAUGUAUGUCAGUUCCAUGUGUACAUGUCUAUUAAAGAGAUCAGUCGAGUUCAUUGAUUAAAAUGACCAGAUGUAAAUGUGCCAAUUAUGUAAUAGUCAACCUUUUUGACAUUUUGAUUUUUGAAUGACACAUUUACAGGCUACAGCAGUAUAGGCUACUUACGAUAAUUCUCAGGCCUCUCGCACUGUUAAUUUGUAAAUGGGUCAAAUUUGGGAUUGCUUUGUUAUUUGAAACUCUGUUGCUUGUUCCAUUUGUUGUAGAAUUUGUCCAUGGAAAGUGGGUUGAGCUGCUGUAAUCUCUUCUGUUCUUACCCAAUAUGGGGAUAUUUUCAUCUGUCAAAACACUCCUUCCUUUUCACCACCAUGUUAUUUGCUGCUGAUGAGAAGUAGUUAAAUACUAAUUGUAUCAUCUAUGAAAAAUGGUGACUAUUGCUAUGUUUCGUUAUAGGCAUUAUGGCAUAGUGACGCUAAUGUAAUAGCCAUCAGAAGGUAAAGUGGCUUUCAACUGCAAGCGGAUUUCAGUGUCCUGGCCUGAGGUAAAAAGGGGAAAGGAUUGUUCUUUUUCAGUCUCAGCUGUAGAAUGUUACAUUUUAUUUUCCUUCUGUGGCUACAGUUUUUAUGCCAAGUAUGUGCUAUUUUUCUUCUUUCUCUCGUUCUACUGUAUAUUAAUAUAUAUUUACCUCUCUCACUCUUCCUCUUCUGAAAUAACAGCUAUAUUUUUCAAUAAAAAGAGAAAGCUGGUAAUCUUUACCAGGA